AGAUAUAAAUUUGUUUAUGUUUCUUUUUAUCGUGUUUGCGUUUUUUUUUUGUAAACUUUUUAACAAAGUAAUAAGUAAUAAAGUUGCUGAUAUGAGUGGAGCCAGGUCAUUACCACAAUCAAAGGAAGCUCUUCUCAAAUCCUACAACACAAGGCUUAAGGAAGAUGUAAAAAGUAUGCUGGAAAACUUUGAAGAAAUCGUUAAACUUGCUAGAGGAGAAGGAGACUCACAGAUAUCGAAAACAACACAGUGCGAACAAGAUACAUAUGAAAUGCAAGUGAGAGCUGCUAAUAUAGUGCGUGCUGGAGAAUCUUUAAUGAAAUUAGUGUCCGAUAUUAAGCAAUAUUUGAUUUUGAAUGAUUUUCAUUCGGUGAAUGAAGCAAUUACGUCAAAUUCACAAUUAUUUCGGGCAACACAAAUUGAAUGCGACAAGAAAUUGAUGAAACUGAGGGAUGAAAUGGCAAUGGAUUUGUAUGAUUUAGAAGAGGAAUACUAUACUAGCAUCAACAAAUAAUUAUAAAAUAAAAUUAUAUUUACAUUUAUGUAUAUGAAAAGUGUAUUUUAAUUAUUUCAUAACUUAAAUACAUAGGUAUAAUAUUCAUA